CCCCGGCUCUUGUGCAGAGUGUAUGUAUAUAUAUACAGCGCGGCCGCACUGCGCUCUCUAUCACUGGCCGGCACGGAGCCGCUAUCUGCCCGCUUUGCUCUCCCCCACCUUUGGCUGUCGGUGUCGCUCGCUUAUUCUCUUAGCUUUUUAGACCGGGAAAUGCACCAGUAACCGGCUGCUUCUAUUCCGCUAUUCAUUGACCACCUGCCUCCAAAGAUGACACGGGGGCCCCUCACUGGGCUUCUGCUCACACUGUGCGUUACCGCUGCGGUACAGGCUGCGCCAUCUGAGAGGGUCAAGAGCCGCAGACAGGUAAAGCAGGGGCAGACACCUCUACAACCCGUUGUAGCUGCGGACUCCACUCAAAGGGGCUGUUAUGACAAUGGACAGUAUUAUAAUAUUGGACAGCAAUGGGAACGGACUUACUUGGGCAACACUCUGGUGUGCACCUGUUAUGGUGGUGGAAGAGGCUUCAAUUGUGAGAGCAAACCAGAAGCUGAAGAAACUUGCUUUGACAAAUACACUAGUGGAACCUACCGUGUUGGGCAGACCUAUGAGCGACCUAAAGACAGCAUGAUCUGGGACUGUACCUGUAUCGGAGCUGGAAGAGGGAGGAUCAGCUGCACCAUUGCAAAUCGCUGUCAUGAGGGUGGACAGUCCUACAAGAUUGGAGACACCUGGCGCAGACCCCAUGAAACUGGAGGCUAUAUGUUAGAGUGCGUAUGUCUUGGUAAUGGCAAAGGAGAAUGGACCUGUAAACCUAUAGCUGAGCGAUGUUAUGAUAAUGCCGCGGGUACAUCCUAUGUGGUUGGACAAACCUGGGAGAAACCAUAUCAGGGAUGGAUGAUGGUGGACUGCACAUGUUUGGGAGAAGGCAGUGGUCGUAUUACCUGUAGCUCUAGAAACAGAUGUAAUGACCAGGACACCAGAACCUCCUACAGGAUUGGAGAUACUUGGACCAAGACUGAUGCCAGAGGGAAUCUUCUGCAGUGUAUCUGUACUGGCAACGGUCGUGGGGAAUGGAAGUGUGAGAGACAUUCUUCUUUGCAAACCUCUGGUGUUGUGGUCGAUGCUUCAGUAAAAGCUCUCACACCUAUGCCAAGUGAUCUUGAACACUGUGUAACGGACAGUGGAGUUCUGUAUACUGUGGGCAUGAAAUGGCUCAAAACACAGGGCAGUCAGCAACAGAUGUGCACUUGCCUGGGCAAUGGAGUCAGCUGUGAGGAAAGUGUUGCCGUUGGAACAUAUGGCGGUAAUUCUAACAGUGAGCCUUGUGCUAUUCCAUUUAUACAUGAUGGAAGGACCUACUAUUCAUGUACAACAGAUGGCCGUCAAGAUGGAAAGCUCUGGUGUGCAACUACAUCUAACUAUGAUGAGGACAAGAAAUAUUCCUUCUGCACAGAACAACGUGUCCUGGUUCAGACAAGAGGAGGUAAUUCAAAUGGGGCCCUGUGUAACUUCCCUUUCCUGUACAACAACCGCAAUUACACAGACUGUACCUCAGAGGGCCGUCGCGACAACAUGAAGUGGUGUGGAACUACUCACAACUAUGAUGUAGACCAGAAGUUUGGUUUCUGUCCCAUGGCAGCUCAUGAAGAGAUCUGUACCACAAAUGAAGGUGUCAUGUAUCGUGUUGGGGAUCAGUGGGAUAAAGUGCAUGACCUAGGUCAUAUGAUGCGGUGUACAUGUGUUGGCAAUGGCCGUGGGGAGUGGAACUGCAUUGCAUAUUCCCAGCUUAAAGACCAGUGUAUUGUGGAUGGUAUUACCUAUGAUGUUAAUCAGUCUUUCAACAAAUUUCAUGAAGAAGGACACUUGAUGAACUGCACAUGCUUUGGUCAGGGACGAGGCAGAUGGAAGUGCGAUGCUGUUGACCAAUGCCAAGAGACUGAAACACGAAAAUUCUACCAGAUCGGGGACUCUUGGGAGAAGAAUGUUAAUAGUGUCAGCUACCAGUGCUAUUGCUAUGGUAACGGAAUUGGUGAAUGGCAUUGCCAACCUCGUUCCUACCCAGCUGGAACUGGACCUGUGCAGGUGAUAAUAACAGAGAGCGCCAACCAUCCCAACUCACAUCCUAUUCAAUGGACUGCUCCUCAACAAUCUCACAUCAAGCAAUACAUUUUGCGCUGGAAGCCUAAAAACAAACAAGGUAACUGGAAGCAAGUUAACAUUCCAGGACACCUUAAUUCUUACACAAUCUCUGGCUUGAAACCCGGAUUGGUGUACGAGGGACAGCUUGUCAGUGUUCUGCAGUAUGGACAGAAGGAGGUUACCAGAUUUGACUUUACUACCACCUCCACCACAUUUGGAAGUCCAACCGAAAGUGGUGUUACCGACCGUCUUCCACCACUUGUGGCCACUUCAGAGUCUGUGACGGAGAUCACCUCUAGCAGCUUUGUGAUAUCUUGGGUCUCUGCCUCAGAUACAAUUUCUGGUUUCCGUGUUGAAUAUGAACUUAGUGAGGAGGGAGAUGAGAAGAGAGAUGACAAGCGUUAUUUGGAUCUCCCCAAAACUGCUACAUCAGUCAACAUCCCUGACCUACUGCCUGGCCGCAAAUACAACAUCAAUGUGUAUGAGAUCACCCAGGAAGGAGAGCAGAGCCUAAUCUUGUCCACAUCUCAGACAACUGCCCCUGACAGUCCUCCAGAAUAUAGCAUUGAACAUAUUGAUGAUACUUCUAUUGAAAUUAGCUGGACCAAACCUCAAGCUCCUAUCACAGGGUACAGAAUUGUCUACACUCCUACUCUAGAAGGUGCUAGCACAGAACUUAUCCUGCCAGAAACUGCAACCUCAGUGACUCUCACUGACCUGUAUCCUGGAGUUGAAUACAACAUUACGAUUUAUGCUGUAGAGGACAGUCAAGAGAGUACCCCUAUUGUUAUCCAGAAGGAAACCACGGGGACCCCACAAACUGUUAUUGUUCCACCACCUACUGAACUGCAGUUGCUUGAAGCAUCUGAUGUAAAGAUCAUCAUCUCAUGGAAUGCCUCACCAAGUGAGAUCUCUGGGUACCGUGUUGUGGUAACACCAGCCAGUUCUCCAAAUCGGGAACCUCAGACCCUUCCCGUGAGCAGAAGCACCUUUGCAGAGGUUGUUAAUCUGCAACCUGGAACCAACUACAGAUUUGAAGUAUACGCAGUCAGCCGUGGACAAGACAGCCAGCCACUUGUGGGAGAGUUUCCAACAAAAAUGGAUUCCCCAAGCGAUCUAAGGUUUGAUGACUUGACAGAAUCUUCAGUCCUUCUUGUUUGGACCGCCCCUCGUGCUCAGAUCGGACGUUACAUUCUUUCAGUGGGUCAAACUCGCGGAGGGCAACCUAGCCAGUUUCAAGUCAGUCCUCCUACAACAAGUUACAAAUUGAAGAACCUCCAGCCCGGGACGGAGUACACAGUCUCUCUGGUUGCUCUGAAGGGAAACCAGCAAAGUAACCCAACUACAGGAAUAUUCUCAACCUUGGAACCUGUCGGCUCAAUUCCUCCAUAUAGCACAGACGUUACAGAGACCACCAUAGUCAUUACUUGGACCCCUGUACCCAGGAUUGGAUUUAAGUUGGAUGUGCGCCCAAGCCAAGGCGGUGAAGCCCCCAGAGAAGUUAUCUCGGAGUCUGGCAGCAUUGUAAUCUCUGGUCUUACCCCAGGAGUUGAGUACACCUACAGCAUUUCUGUAUUAAAGGAUGGUGAAGAGAGUGAAUCUCCUAUUACAAAGACCGUUGUCACACCACUUUCUCCUCCAACAAAUCUGCGGUUCCAACCAAGUCCUGAUUCUGUUACUUUGACAAUCUACUGGGACAGAAGUACAUCUCCAGGUGUUACUGGGUACAGGAUAACCUCAGCUCCCACUGAUAGGCAGCUUGGAUACCCCACCGAGGAGGAUGUUGAUGCAAGGCAGACUUCAUUCACUUUUGAGACCCUCAGCCCUGGAGUGGAAUAUAAUAUCAGUGUCUAUGCAGUUAAGGGAGAUGAGGAGAGUAUUCCCCUAUCCAAAAUAAUAACUCAAGAAAUUCCCCAGCUCACUGAUCUAAAGUUUGUCGACGUAACUGACACAAGCAUUGAUCUGAGGUGGACACCCAUUAACGCCUCCACCAUUAUUGGCUACCGAAUCACGGUGGUUGCUGCUGGAGAGUCUGUCCCCAUCUACGAAGAAUUUGUGCACCCCUCAGAGGGGUAUUACAAGGUCUCAGGAUUGGAGCCCGGAAUUGACUAUGAAAUCAGCGUGAUAACACUCAUUAAUGGCGGAGAGAGUGCCCCGACCACAAUCGUGCAACAAACCGCUGUUCCACCCCCAACGCAUUUGCGCUUCACCAACACUGGCCCUGACUCAAUGCGGGUCACUUGGGCUCCCCCAACAUCCAUCGAACUUUCCAGUUUCCUUGUGCGCUUCUUUCCAGUGAAGAAACCAGAUGAUGUCACUGAGCUUACAAUUUCUCCAUCUGACAACAUGGUUGUCCUUACAAAUCUGUUGCCAUUCACAGAGUAUCGAGUCAACGUUCACUCUGUUUAUGAGGAAAGGGAGAGCUCUGAACUUACUGGAGUGCACAGAACAACCUUGGAUUCCCCAACUGGAAUGGACUUUUCUGAAAUCACCACAAACUCCUUCACUGUGCACUGGAUUGCUCCUCGUGCAACCAUCACCGGAUAUAGAGUGCGGUACCAGUUGGAGAGUGGAGCUGGACGUCCAAGGGAGGAAAGAAUUCCACCAUCCCGCAACUCUAUCACCCUUACUAACCUCAUUCCUGGCUCUGAAUAUCUUGUGAGCAUCAUUGCUGUCGCUGCUUCUCAGGAGAGCUUACCUCUUGUAGGACAGCAAGCUACUGUAUCUGAUAUUCCAACGGAUCUACAGGUAACAUCUGCCAACCCCAACUCUAUCACCAUUGCCUGGGAUGCACCUGCAGUCAAUGUGCGGUACUACAGAAUUACUACUUCUCAGACUGGAUCUCAUGGCCCAGUUGACGAGUUCACCGUUCCUGGAAUUUCCAACAGUGCAACGGUUAAUAACCUAAAGCCAGGCGUGAGCUACACCAUUACUGUCUAUGCUGUCACUGGUCGUGGAGAUAGUCCUGCCACCAGCAAACCUGUUACAAUUACAUAUGCCACAGGAGUGGACCAGCCCACAGAGAUGAAGGUCACUGACGUCCAAGAUGAAAGCAUUCAUGUACGAUGGACACCUUCUCCAGGCCCUGUCACUGGAUAUAGGGUGACUAGUGUCCCCAAGAGUGGUCAGGGUGAGACUAUUACACAAACUGUACCUGCAGAUCAAACAGAGAUGACCAUUGUGGGGCUUCAACCAACUGUUGAGUAUGUCGUCAGUGUGUAUGCCCAGGGAAUAAGUGGAGAAAGCAAACCCAUUGUUGAAACAGCCGUUACCAACGUUGACCGACCCAAGGGACUGCUAUUCCCAGAAGUAGGAGUUGAUUCAAUUAGACUGACUUGGGAAAUCCCAGAGGGGCAGGUUACUGGUUACCGGGUGACCUACUCAAGCCCUGAGGAUGGAAUCAGAGAGUUGUUUCCUGCACCUGAGUCUAAUGAUGAGACUGCAGAAUUGCACGGUCUCAGGCCUGGCACAGAGUACACUGUGAGCAUCGUAGCAUUGCACGAUGACAUGGAAAGCAAGCCCCUCAUUGGAGUCCAGAGUACAGCAAUUCCUGCUCCAACAAAUCUUCAGUUCUCUCAAGUCUCACCAACUGGCCUUACAUUAAGCUGGUAUGCACCUAAUGUCCAACUAACUGGGUACCGUGUGCGUGUGAACCCUAAGGAGAAAACUGGGCCCAUGAAAGAGAUUGAUUUACCAGCUAGUACAACAGUCACCUCCAUUACUGGACUCAUGGUUGCUACCAAAUAUGAAGUCAAUGUAUAUGCUGUCAAGGAUGGACUUAUGAGUCAGCCACUACAAGGCACAAUUUCUACCCUUGAAAAUGUCAGUCCACCUCGACGUCCACGUGUUACAGAUAUUACAGAAACUACAGUAACCCUUACCUGGCGCACUAAGACAGAAACAAUCACUGGCUUCCUGAUUGAAGCAGUACCUUCUGGAGGUCAGACUCCUAUUCAGAGAGUGAUAAAACCUGAUGUUAGAACCUACACAAUCACAGGACUACAGCCUGGAACAGACUACAAGAUCUACCUGUACACCAUAAAUGACAAUGCCCGUAGUUCCCCUGUCACUGUAGAUGUAUCAACAGCGGUGGAUAGCCCUUCAAAUCUGCGCUUCUUGACCAGCACACCCAACUCCCUCUUAUUCUCCUGGCAACCUCCUCGUUCCCGUAUUACUGGAUACAUCAUUAAGUACGAGAGAGUUGGUGGAGUGCCUAAGGAACAUCUGCCUCGACUUCCAGCAGGAACCACUGAGGCCACCAUCACUAACUUGGAACCUGAUGUAGAAUACAUUAUUUAUGUAUUUGCUGUAAGGAAUAACCAGAAGAGUGAGCCUCUUACUGGCCGGAAGAAGACAGAUGAGCUCCCUGUACUGGUAACACUUCCUCAUCCGGGCAAAGGCCCUGAAAUCCUCGAUGUACCCUCCGAAACAGAGAGAACUCCUUUUGUUGGACAGACAACGUUUGACAAUGGUAACGGUAUCCAACUUCCAGGCUCUGUAGGACCAUCCAGUCCAGCCCAUGUAGGAAAGGUCAUUGAGGAACAUGGCUUUAGAAGUCCCGGUGUGCCCACCACAGUUUCCCCUGUGAGACCAGGGCAGUUUACGCCAGACGGGUACCCAGAGGUGGUUGAAAGAUACCCUCAUAUCAGAGGAGAUUUCGAUGGGCCUUAUCCUCAUGGCUACGGACCUCAGAUCAAUGAUACGGGUGUACAGGAGGUGGCAUCACACACCACAAUUUCAUGGAGACCUUUACUGGAGACCACUGAAUACGUCAUUUCUUGUCAUCCUGUGGGUGAAGAUGAACCUCCUAUUGAGUUUAGAGUUCCUGGAACAUCUACGAGUGCCAGACUAAAUGGUCUUGCCCGAGGAGCAACUUACAAUAUAAUUGUGGAGGCCCUUAAAGGAUUAGAUCGCCACAAAGUCUUGGAGGAACUGGUGACUGUCAGUAAUACUGAUGUCCCUGAUGGCGCCCUGCAACCUGUUGAGGAUACCUGUUAUGAUACAUUCAACAGCGCACAUUACGCGGUCGGGCAGGAGUGGGAACGUAUGUCAGAGUCUGGGUUUAAACUUUGGUGCAAGUGUCUGGGUUAUGGAAGUGGACACUUCAAGUGUGACUCUUCAAAAUGGUGCCAUGACAAUGGGGUCAACCACAGGAUCGGUGAGAAAUGGGACCGUCGCGGAGAAAAUGGACAGAUGAUGAGCUGCACUUGUCUUGGAAAUGGGAAGGGGGAGUUCAAGUGUGAGCCUCAUGAAGCUACUUGCUAUGAUGAUGGGAAAAUGUAUAACGUUGGUGAGCAAUGGCAAAAGGAAUACCUUGGAGCAAUCUGCUCGUGUACAUGCUAUGGAGGACAACAGGGGUGGCGCUGUGAUAACUGCAGAAGACCAGGAGCAGCCGUUUCCCCUGACACCACAGGACACACUGUUUCCCAGUACACACAAAGAUAUCAGCAGAACUUUAAUGUGAAAUGUCCCGUUGAGUGCUACCUUCCACCAGAUCUUCAAGCAGACACACAACAUUCUGAACAGACCAAGAACUAAGUCUUAUUACAAGAGCAAUAAGUGUAUUCUAGCUGUCCUGGUGGAGCAGCAAAGUGGGGUGGAGGAAGAUGUGGACACCUCCUCUGACUGGCAGACAACAUAAGGCUUCAAAGUUCAUCUGGAGUACUUCCAUGCCAUUCAGUAUUCAAUGAUUGUAAUUUUGUUUUUAUUUUGCUUACAUUGAUCUGGGAAACAAAAAGGGAAAUGACUAUUUUUAAUAUUGGGCAGCGUUGUCAUUUUGAUCCUUCUAGGAAAAUACAGUGUGAAGAGGGCCUUUUUUGGCCCACAUAACCCUGCAGUGUAUUGCUUUUGUUAAUAGGCUACAGGAUAGGUUGAUGUUACUAGGUAAAUUAAGAAGGCCGCAAGCGAAAGGGACCAAUUUAGCUUUUUUUAAUAUUACCAAUGCAGCGCCAACUGGCUGCUUCUUACACUGAUGUCUUUUACCGUAUGCACAAUUUUAAUUCCUUUCUCCGCACAAUCCUUACUAAUACCUGACCUUCCUUCAGUGUUAUUUAUCAAUGUCUGCUGCAUCUUCAGAGGAUUCCUUCUACUUAACUAUAGAAAGUAAUUCUGAAAACUAGGAAGUAAUGGCAAUUGAAUCUGAUGUAAUUAUGGUUGGUGAUUUUUAUUUUUUUUAUACUGUAUGUGCCAAAGCUUUUACUACUGUGGAAAGAUAACUCUUCUUUUAAUAAAAUGAUCUUAAAAAUGUUGAAACAGUGUUUUUA